UAUAUUUGCACAAUAGAAACAAAAAGGAACAUAAAUCGGAAAGUUUUAGUUAUAUGCAGCCAGACUGAAGAAUAUAGAGAAAAGGAAGACAUGAAGCUAAAGGGUUUCUGAGCACAACAUUGGGAGGACGAAGAGGUUCUACGCAAAGCCCCCAUCUGCCCCUCCUUCCCCCCCACCCUUGCCCAACUGUUGGGGCUUCAGCUGUCCAGUCGGGUCAAAGGUCAUUUUCGAGCAUGCUGUCCACCCUCCACCUCCUUUGCCUUCUAGUGCCUCUGGUGGCCCUACUAGUGCUGCUUCCAGGCUGCAAUGCCUUGUCUGCCCCACGGUUCACGAAGAUCCCCGUCGACCAGAUAGGCGUGUCCGGCGGUGUUGUCUCUUUCAUGUGUCAGGCCGCGGGUGACCCCAAGCCCCGGGUGACCUGGAACAAGAAAGGGAAGAAGGUCAACUCGCAGCGAAUCGAGACAAUCGAGUUCGAUGAGGGUGCAGGGGCAGUGUUGCGUAUCCAGCCACUGCGGGCGCCGCGAGAUGAAAACAUCUAUGAGUGCGUGGCCAACAACAGCGAGGGUGAGGUCACCGUUACAGCCAAGCUGUCCAUCAUCCGAGAGGACCUGCUACCAAUGGGCUUCCCAAACAUUGACAUGAGCCCACAACUCAAGGUGGUGGAGCGCACGCGUACGGCGACCAUGCUCUGUGUCGCCAGUGGCAACCCAGACCCAGAAAUAACCUGGUUCAAGGACUUCCUGCCCAUUGAUCCCAGUGCAAGCGGUGGGCGAAUAAAACAGCUUCGAUCAGGUGCCUUGCAGAUAGAGAACGCAGAAGAGACCGACCAGGGGAAGUACGAGUGCGUUGCGUCCAACGUGGAAGGCGUCCGCUACUCUGCCCCCGCCAACCUAUAUGUGCGAGUCCGCCGUGUUCCCCCUCGGUUCUCUAUCAUGCCCACUAGUCAUGAGAUAAUGCCAGGAGGCAGCGUCAACAUCACGUGCGUGGCAGUGGGCUCCCCUAUGCCUUACGUAAAAUGGAUGCUCAACGCCGAAGACCUGACCCCCGAGGACGAGAUGCCGGUGGGCCGCAACGUCCUGGAGCUCAGCGGUGUCCACGAAUCGGCCAACUACACCUGCGUGGCUAUAAGUAGCCUGGGCAUUAUCGAGGCCGUGGCACAGAUCAUCGUAAAGUCCCUGCCAAAGCCCCCAGGGACUCCAGUUGUGACUGAAACAACACCGACCAGUGUUACGAUCACCUGGGACUCCGGUAACCCAGAUCCUGUCUCAUAUUACAUCAUCCAGUACCGUGCGAAGUCCCCCGACAGCAAGUUUGAAACCAUGGAUUUAAUCACCACCACCCGAUACAGCAUCGGGGGCCUGUACCCUAACACCGAGUACGAGAUCCGAGUGUCAGCCUACAACACCAUCGGUCAGGGUCCACCUAGCAACCCUGUGGAGACGCGUACCGGGGAGCAGGCUCCCGCCAGCCCGCCCCGCAACAUCCAGGCGCGAAUCAUCUCCCAGAACACCAUGAUGGUACGGUGGGAGGAACCUGAGGAGCCGAACGGACAGAUCAAGGGAUACCGGGUCUACUAUACCAUGGAUCCCACCCAGCCCAUGAGCCUUUGGCAGAUCCACAACGUGCAGGACAGCGGGAUCACGACCGUGCAGAGCCUCAUGCCCUCGAAGACGUACACCAUCCGCGUGCUGGCCUUCACAUCCGUGGGAGACGGGCCCUUCUCUGAUGCCAUCCAGGUUAAAGUCCUCCAGGGAGUUCCUGGACAGCCUGCAAAGUUCCAGGUGGGUAGGGUAUCAGACACAAGCAUCGAGCUGACCUGGGAACCUGCCUAUGACAAGGAGGGCAUCGUAAGCUACGAGCUGCUCUACAAAGAGGGCAAGUUCGGCGGCCAGAUGAAGAAGACAUUUGGCCCCAGUUCUUCCUAUACUGUGGAGGGCCUGCGAGCAAAUACAGAGUACUCCUUUUCCCUAGCUGCUGUCUCCAACAGGGGCAUUGGUGCAUUCACCAGUGAAGUUGUCCAGAAAACCUCCCAAGCCAGGCCAUCUGCCCCACCUCAAGACGUCAAGUGCACCAGCCCCAGCUCCACCUCCUUGCUGGUAAGUUGGCACCCCCCGCCUGCUGAGAGCCAAAAUGGCGCCCUGGCGGGGUACGUGGUGCAUUACCAGGUGGCAGAGGAGGAGGAUGGAGCCGAGCCCAUGGAGAAGCCCGGGGUGCCCCCUGCAUCAGGACAGGUCCUGCUGCAGGAGCUGGAUAAGUGGACGCAGUACCGAGUCACAGUGGCUGCCUUCACCUCGAAAGGCCCCGGUCCGGCCAGCCAGCCCAUUCUCUGCCGCACCGACGAAGACGUACCCGGAGCGCCCCCCCGUCGAGUGGAGGUGGAAGUUCUGAACUCCACGGCAAUCAAAGUGUCAUGGCGCUCCCUGUUGCCAGGGCGACAGCACGGCCAGAUCCGCGGCUACCAGGUGCACUACGUGCGCGUAGAGAACGGCGAGUCACGGGGCUUGCCCCGAAUCAAGGACGUCAUGCUCGCCGACGCUCAGUGGGAAAUGGAUGACACUGCCGAAUAUGAGAUGAUCAUUGGGGGCCUGCAGCCUGACACUACCUACUCCAUCACAGUGGCAGCAUACACCACCAAAGGAGAUGGUGCUCGCAGCAAGCCCAAGCUGGUGGUGACAAAGGGAGCAGUGCCAGGUCCACCACCCCUGUCGGUUACCCGGGAGAUGGGGACCACCGCGGUGGUGCAGUGGCGGCCCCCCGAGGCGGCUGGCCCCGGCUUGGAGGUGCAGGGGUACCGGCUGCAGUUUGGGCGCAAGGACGUGACCCCUCUGGCCACCCUGGAGUUCACCGCUCAGGAGCAGGAGUACACCGUCAGCAACGUUCACCGCGGGGCCACCUACGUCUUCAAAAUCUCCGCCAAGAGCCGCUCGGGGUUCGGGGAGGAGGCGUGGCAGGAGCUGACCGUCCCUGAGGAGGUGCCCAAGGGCUACCCCCAGAUUUCGGAGGGCCCUAACGCCACCUGCUGCUCUCUGCAGCUCUCCUGGCUGCCCCCCAUGCUGGCGGAGCGAAACGGAGCCAUCACGGAGUACACGCUGGCGUACAAAAUGGCGGGCGCGGCCGCCAGCCCCCGCGAACUGACUCUCCCAGCCAGCGAGUCUGGCUACACGCUCAGCGGCCUCGACCCCGACUCCGCGUACGAAGUGAAAAUUCGUGCACACACCAGUGUAGGUGCAGGGCCCUACAGCCCUCCCAUGCAGUGUAAGACGCUGGCCUUCCAGACAGAUGUUCCAAAGAACUUUACUGUGAAGUUUGUGACCAAGACUUCGGUGUUGCUGAGCUGGGAGUUCCCGGACAGCAAAUACCCCUACCGCUUCACGGUGGAAUAUAGUCGCCAGAAGAUCGAUGUAGAUGCCAGAUUAAGGAAAGCGUUGUUGACGAGCCUUCGGCCAAACACAACCUACGACUUCAAGAUCACCAGCCCAGAGGGCAACAUGGGGGGGCUGCGUCACCGCAUACAAGCCAGGACUGCCCCGCAAAUUCUGGGGAGAAAGCCAGAAUUGGACCAUAACCAUGACCUAGAGCCCACCCUAACCCUCAUCCUGCCCCCACUGGAAAAACGGGACAUAAUCAAGAACAUCUAUGUGGUCGUAGUCCCUCUGAAGAAAGGGAGGGGGCUCAUCAGGCACAUCAAGAGCCCAGAGGAGAUCGACCUGGAUGAGCUCUUGAAGGACAGCAGUCACAAGCACCGCUACGGCCGCACCUCCAGGCAGCGGAGACAGGUGGACCCCCGCAAGCCGUACAUAGCCGCCAGCUUCAAACCCUCCACCCUGCCCAGCUUCUUCACCCUGGGAAACCAGGCCGAGUACAACGGCUACGAGAACCGGGCCCUCGAACCCGGGCAGGAGUACGUCUUCUUCCUCCUGGCCGAGCUCAACACUACUGCCGGGAAGAUGUACGUGGCCAGCCCCUAUACGGAUUCGGUCAUUGCCCCGGACGUGGACCCGCUGCCCAUGGAUGGAGGGGACGGGCUGAUAUGGGUGGUGGGGCCUGUUCUUGCUGUGGUCUUCAUCAUCUGCAUUGUCAUCGCCAUUCUGCUGUACAAGAACAGCAAACGGAAGGACGCAGAGCCCCGCAACAAGUGCCCUCUGAACAACGCCGAUAUCAUGCCGCACCACCCCACCGACCCUGUUGAGAUGAGACGCAUCAACUACCAGACCCCAGAUUCUGGUCUGAGCAGUCCUGUAAGCGAACCUGGUUUUGACUAUGAAAGUAUGAUGAAUCACCCGCCCAUCCCGAUUUCGGAGCUAGCAGAACACACCGAGUUGCUGAAGGCCAACGACAACCUCAAGCUUUCGCAAGAAUACGAGUCCAUCGAUCCUGGCCAGCAGUUCACCUGGGAGCAUUCCAACUUGGAGGUCAACAAACCCAAGAACCGCUACGCUAAUGUCAUCGCCUACGACCAUUCGCGGGUUAUCCUCUCACCUGUCGAAGGCUUCAUAGGCAGUGACUACAUUAAUGCCAACUACAUCGAUGGCUACCGCAAGCAGAACGCAUACAUAGCCACGCAGGGCCCCCUGCCCGAGACCUUCGGCGACUUCUGGAGGAUGGUGUGGGAGCAGAGGGCUGCCACCGUGGUCAUGAUGACGAGGCUGGAGGAGAAAUCCCGGGUAAAGUGUGACCAGUACUGGCCCAGCCGUGGCACUGAGACCUACGGCAUGACCCAGGUCACCCUGCUGGACACUAUCGAGCUUGCCACCUUCAGCGUGCGCACCUUCUCUCUGCAUAAGAACGGCUCCAGUGAAAAGAGGGAGGUCCGGCAGUUCCAGUUCACCGCAUGGCCCGACCAUGGCGUGCCGGAAUACCCCACCCCGUUCCUGGCCUUCCUGAGGAGAGUGAAGACCUGCAACCCCCCUGACGCCGGCCCCAUUAUCACUCACUGCAGCGCUGGCGUGGGCCGCACGGGCUGCUUCAUCGUGAUCGACGCCAUGCUGGAGCGCAUCAAGCACGAGAAGACGGUGGACAUCUACGGGCACGUGACGCUGAUGCGCUCGCAGCGGAACUACAUGGUGCAGACGGAGGACCAGUACAGCUUCAUCCAUGACGCGCUGCUGGAAGCGGUGGCUUGUGGGAACACGGAAGUGGCGGCAAGGAGCCUCUACUCUUACAUCCAGAAGCUGGCGCAGGUGGAGAGCAGCGAGCACGUCACCGACAUGGAGCUGGAGUUCAAGCGCCUGGCCAACUCGAAAGCCCAUACGUCCAGGUUCAUCAGUGCCAACCUCCCCUGCAACAAGUUUAAGAACCGCCUGGUGAACAUCAUGCCAUAUGAGACCACCCGUGUGUGCCUGCAGCCCAUCCGGGGAUUGGAGGGCUCAGACUACAUCAACGGCAGCUUCAUCGAUGGAUACAGGCAGCAGAAGGCGUAUAUCGCCACACAGGGCCCACUAGCCGAGACCACAGAGGACUUCUGGAGGAUGCUCUGGGAGAACAACUCCACUAUCGUGGUGAUGCUGACCAAACUGAGAGAAAUGGGCAGGGAAAAGUGCCAUCAGUACUGGCCAGCUGAACGGUCUGCCCGGUACCAAUACUUUGUGGUGGACCCGAUGGCCGAGUACAACAUGCCCCAGUACAUCCUGAGAGAGUUCAAGGUCACAGACGCCAGGGAUGGUCAGUCCAGGACAGUGCGACAGUUCCAGUUCACGGACUGGCCAGAGCAGGGCGUGCCCAAGUCCGGUGAGGGCUUCAUCGACUUCAUUGGGCAGGUGCACAAAACAAAGGAACAGUUUGGCCAGGACGGGCCCAUCUCUGUGCACUGCAGUGCGGGCGUGGGGAGGACUGGGGUGUUCAUCACUCUCAGCAUCGUACUGGAGAGGAUGCGCUAUGAGGGUGUGGUGGACAUCUUCCAGACCGUCAAGAUGCUGCGAACACAGAGGCCGGCCAUGGUCCAGACCGAGGAUGAAUACCAGUUUUGCUACCAGGCUGCGCUGGAGUAUCUAGGAAGCUUUGACCACUAUGCAACAUAAAUAUAAGCAUCUCAUCGCCGAUUCCAUUGUCCCCCAGUCUUCUGAGCCAUGGAAACCUGCUUGAAUGUUUUGAUGACAACAACCUAAACUGAAUGAAAACUUGAACUCAAUUAUUUAAAAAAACAACAACACAACAGCAAUCAAGGACACAUUCUAUCUGGACUCACACACUGAUUGGAUUGUGGGAAGGUAUUACAGUGGAAACAGACAAUAUACAUGCCUUCUCAGGACCUAUCUGGUAAAGGAACCAAAAAGUGGCUCAAGAUGUAAGGAGGAAACAAUUUAAGUGUUGGACUGCUUACCUGGUCUCAAGUGUCCAGAUGCGGAAGAUACAGUACAGUGUUUCGUGAACAUCUGCUGCAAAUAUAAAUGCAGCAAGUUUUUUGCUAUUUAAAAACAAAAAACAAAGGAAAAACAAGCAAGGCUGUCUUGAAGGACUAAAAUAUAAAAUGGUUGUGAGAAGCAGGAAAAUAAAUAUUAAGGUACUGUUUCUAGAUCAGAGGAUUUUUCCAAGUUUUAUGGUGUACUCAAGCUAUCUGGGAUGUGUGCCCUUCAAUGUAGCUGCUGUGGACACAGUUCUGGUCACGAAGGCUGACUGAAGUGUCCACAGUCCUCUCACAAGUCUGCUGCUGUCACCUUCGCAAAUCCAAACCUUGUGACACUACAAAGGGCCUCUGCAUCAUCUGCAUCUGUCCAGUUUCACAGAGCCAAGAGAUGUGCUUUGUGCCAGUGGAGAAAAAACUUUUGUUUUAGACGAGGAAGAGAAGUGUCAAAGCCUGGUUAAUUUUCUCAAAACUCCAUGCCAACAAUGUCACUCCAGUUUUGCUUUCAUGGAUGAGUUCUGAACUUUGAGGCUGCUCUAGUACAGGAACCAGAGAGGGAAGCACAGCUUUUGGCUUGUUGAAGACAAACCCCAAAUCCAGCCUGCAGAGUCAUGACACUUUCUCAUUCCUUGGCAUUACCCAAAAGAGUUGUCAGCACUGGUUCAUGUAGAUGUGGCAUCAUUCCAUGGUUGACAAAGCUUGAGAGAUCAUAAUCAUGUUUUUUUUAUUUUUAUGAUGCUGUUUUUAGUAUUAUUUACUUUUUGUGCCACUGCUAUGUGGUCUGGUGUGUAGUGGACCAUCAGAGGUGACUGUAAGACAGAAGUAAAGAAGGGAUAGCAGGACUUUGGAGUGGUGUAGACACAAAUGUGGCCACGAUAGCCAGCGCCCUUUGCUAAUAUGUUACCGUGAUAGUCAUUAUUAUGAAUAUUAACAUCUACUUUCAUUUUGAUCGUGUCUAUACCAAACAUAGACAUAGACUUCUGAUAGUGUACCGCAAUGCAGCACUGCGGUGGUACACAGCCGAGGGGAAAUAUGAAGGUCUGCACUUAGCCUGUAUGAACCAUGAACAUUAUUCCAGUCAUCAGUGAUUAACGGAGAUGUCCGCAUGGGUCGAGAGUUGAGCUGAGCGUUCACAUCUUGGCCCUGCCAACCUAGACCUCUGCAUUUCAAUGUUUCAGAGCCGGGUGGCGGAGUUAUACGUGCUGUACUUUUCGAAGAAAAAAAAAGAUUGAACGGACCGCAAUGUUCCUGUUUGACUGCUCUCUGUCCUGAUGGCAGCUUCUCUGUGGUCAGACAGCACAAGGUUCUCCACCUGCAGAUGGGUCCAUGGUCUGGAUGCACCCAUAGAUGGAUCGACAGUCUCGCAGCUCAAGGAUCUCCACCGACAAAGAGUUCUACGAUUCGGAAGCACAAGGCCUUCCACCCACAGUCAGAUCCAUGACCUGGAAGCACAAGAUCACCCUAAAACAGAUCUAUGAUUCGGCAGCACAAGGCCUUCCACCCACAGUCAGAUCCAUGACCUGGAAGCACAAGACUCUAAACCAGAUGUACGAUUUGGCAGCACAAGGCCUUUCUUCCGAAGACAGGUACACGAUCUGGAAGCACAACAUCACCCAAAAAUGAUGAUUCAACAGCACGAGGCUUUUCCCCAGAGAGAAUCCCACGUCCUGGAAGCACAAGAUCACCCUAAAAAAGAUCUAUAAUUUGACAGCACAAGGCCUCUCACCCACAAAUUCACAAUCUGCAAGCAGCACAUCACUCUAAAACAGAUCUACGAUUUGGCAGCACAAGGCCUCUCCCCCAAAGACAGGUCCACGAUCUGGAAGCACAUCAUCGCACACAAACGGAUCCACCAUUUGGCAGCACAAGACCCUUCACCCACCAUUUAUCUUAAAUGGUCAGUUUGUUUGGGAAUGCUCAUUUUUGACACUUCGAAUCCACCCAGUGAUCUCCUGGACUUGGAAUGGAAACUGACACGAUUAAAAAACAUAAACAACAUGAGGCACCCAUCCAAAUACCCCUUUCAACUGGAGGGUUUUUUCAUUCUGUCAGCUGAAACUGCCUACAGUGGAGCUGAUUCUCCCAGUUAGGAAGUGAACAUGUCUGACUUGCAGUGGUGACCGUAUGUUUAUGAAGACUGCCGACCUACAAAAACAUUCUUCCAGGCAACAGAAUGAAUGUGUCUAUAUGCUUUCUGACGUCUGCUUUACUCAUAAACUGAAUACCUAACCCCCAAAAGAGUUUCCCUGGGGGGGGCAGUGCUUUUGUGUGAUGAACAGAUAUUAAUAGGUAUGUACACUAACAGUCAUAAAUGGAGCUGUGAUUAGUCUCUUUCUUAUUUCCAAAAAAGCCUUAUUGUUAUUGUUAACAUGAAACAUUAAAGUUGUAUUAUUUUCGUUGUUGUUUAACUUUGCUCAGACUUUUUUUACAGAAAUAUUGUUUGCAUUUUUUACAUCAGCAUGACAAAUGCUUAUUUGUUCAUAUUAUUUUAAAAGCCAUUCUAUUUUUCCAGUAUAGAGGUUAGUGUAAUGUGUGUUUGUGUAUGUAUAUAUAUACAUAUAUUUGUAUAAAUAUAUAUGCUCCUACAUACAACAUAUAUUUAAAGUCGGAAUAUAGAUCUAUAUCAUCCAGAAUGUUACUAUAUAUUUGGCUUAUAUUUUUAUGUUUUGUACCACUCAUGAAGUUUGAACUGAUCAUGUACAAAAUAUUUCUUUUUUUAGCUAUUUCUUUUCAUAACCUUGGGAAAUAUUGUGCGUUUCUUUGGAAACAAUGAAGGGAGGUGUCUGGCCAAGUGCCAUUACUGCAACCCUUUUUAAUUCCUACCACUUGGUAGAACUGCCGAUAGUGAAGGGAGAGUUGUAAUAAUUAUUGUUAAUAUUAUUAUUGAUAGUAGUGAUAGUGUUGGUACACCUGUCAUUUUUAAAGUUCUAGAUUAACUGAUCUACUAAACAUUGAAUUUCAUUAAUAAUUAGAGUAUUAUCAAUGAUGUAUUUGAUAGACUAAUUCUACUGUACAAGUUGAAUAUUCAUAGUGCAGUGUUUUUGUUUUUUUUUGUUUUUUUUUAUCCUUUGGAUUUUGUUUUAUAUUUCAUUUCUACUUUUUAUUAUUUGUCUGUACUAACAUGAAACCGUUUGUUUUAUAACAAUGACCCUGGAUAGAAUGUCUAUAAAUAAACAAAUACUGUUUUUUUUUUUAAUCUGUUGGACUUGACAGUUUGUUUUGAAAUACAAAAUAUAACUAUCAGCUGCUAUCUGCUAACCUGCUGGUGUUCUUCAGAAACCUUUCACCUUAAGUUAUAUAGAUUUUUUAAUUCUUUUUUUUUGUUACUGACUGUUCAUUUCUAUUUUGAACCAACUGGUCCCCUGGCUGUGCUUACCUAGACAUAACGUUCUACGUUGGGACGGAAGCUGAAGAAAGCCCCAGGAUGUGAAUGGUAAACAGGCCGUGCUGAGGGUCGUGUCACACAUUACGCAGGACAUAUCUACAGUGACUUCACAAAUAACUCUCUCUUCAUCAGUACACCUUAGAGAUGAAGGUGUGGGGAGCUGGUUCUCCCACUGCCUAGGCCACGUCCAGGCUAUAUCUUUAUUCAGUUCCCACCCCCCAUAGUCUGAACGGAAAUUACACGUAAAAUUAGAAGGGCUACGUGCAGAGUGCCUAAAAAGCUAUGUGUACCACAGUGCACAGUGGCUGUGGAAGCAUUGCCUGGCUGAAAUGUUUCACUCUGUUAAAGUGCUACAGGAUUUGUUUACCCUGGAAUACAAAGGGUUGCAUUAUAUGCCUCUGUUCUCAUCACUGCCUAUGAUAAACUGUGUUUGUGUUGUAUGGCAUUGUUAGAAUAUUUUUAUAGUGCAUAAGACCCCCUUUAUACUUUCAAGGAUGCAGAAUGAAUUCACAAUUGAUUUAAUUUUCCAGCAGACAAGGACCAUGCUAGAGAAUGCAAGUCCAGUGACCGAUAUACAAAAACAGAAACUAAUGUCUCUACAUUGCUAGAGGUUCUUCAUGUGGUGACAGGUGUGCUAGAAUUUUGACAUUCUGAGAACAGAAUUUUGUACUGACAUUAGAAUCGAUGAGGCUCACUCGAAAGUCAUGACCAUGUUCCAUUAAUUUAACAUCUUGUGAAGUUGCCGAAGAGUAAUCUACAGCAGACAAACAAAUGAAAGGUCCGAAACAAUACAAAAUCAGCCAAUGACAGGUGUGCACAUGAAAAUGUUUUUCUUUGUAUGUGGGCCAAGUGCUAUCGCCUUCAAAUUGUUACUUCUAACAAACAGUAAUUGGUUAACCACCGUGUAAUUAGAUAUGUUGACUUUGUAUUAAAGAAAAGGUUGUCUGAA